CAGCAAUCGACGUCAUCAACCGUCGCAGGUCUCUGCUCCGAGGGGCGAGUUCCAGAGAACAGCAACAAAGCUUGGAAGAGUGUAGGUCGGACUUUGUACGGUUUCACACGUGCUAAUUAUCCUAUCAAACAAGUCUCUAUUCCCUCUCAGCAACUUAAAAACCGUAGCUGUCUGUCUCACCGUAACCCUCAGACCUUUCAUCGUCGUCGACCGCGGUUCUGCAUCUCGUGCCACAGACACGCUUACGAGAAAAGAAACUCAAGAAAGCAACUCAACACAGCAGAACCAAAUUUAUUAUUAUUAUUAUUAUUAUUAUUCUUUUUUUUAAAAAAAAUAACGAUGGCACACAAAUAUGUAAUCAGGGUAACCGCGGGGCCGGAUUACGAUCUAUCCUCUCACAUUGAAGUACCCGUCAACUCGGCCGAACCGGUGCACAUCGCCAGCGACCUGGUCGACGCGGAUCUGUGCGUGCGCGUGCAGAGCUACAGGGGCCUGCCGCGCGGCGCGCCAAAGAGCUCUCCGUACUUUGACGCCGAGCCACAUCGGGACAACGGGGACCAGUACUCGAUCGCGAUGCGGUUCCAGCUGAAGCGGCCGCCGACGGUGCCGGAUCAGCCUCUCACCAACGGGGAGGAAGAAGAAGAAGAAGACGGCGGGGGCGAGGCGGCCGCGGACGAGGCGGGGUUGGCUGAGGACGGGGAGGAAGAGGAGAAGAAGAAGAAGACGGAGGCGGAUACCGAGGAGCAACGGCCGGCCGGGGUCCUGGGGACGGACCUGCAGUUCGGCAACGACCUCGACCACCCCAUCCGCGACCGGCUGCCGCCGGGCUUCGGCACGGCCAUGAACAUCGUCAAGUGGUGGAUCGACCCGGGGCUCGAGGGCGACCCGUACGCCGACGCGCCCUACCUCUACGGCCCGGCCCUGAGCUCCUUCAACGUGGUGCACGUGGGCGAGGGCGAGCAGGACGAGGCCCGGGGCGGGUUGUGGUUCGAGGAGGGCGGGGACGAGGCCGGGGCGGAGUGGCGGCGGCGGAUCGGGGCGCCCGAGGACGCCAGGCAGAGGAUGAAGUGGGCGCUCAAGGCGGAGAACAAGGAGAAGUGGACGUGGGAGUACGGCAGGACGUACGGGGUGGACUUCUUCAACCCCUACAUUGACUUCAACGACUUUGCGCUCAGGCUGCCGGGCUUCAACCUGCCCAUCAUAAAGUAUUGGGACGGGCAGGGACUGAGGUACGCAGCCAGCUACGUUUUCUUCUUGCUUCUUGCCUUAUUGCUUGUUUUUCGUUUUACACGACACCAUGCCACUCACUACCUUCGAAAUUGCGCGUUACGUGACUGUUUCUCCAAUAAGAGGAACAACUCUUACAAGCUCUAGGCAUCAUCGCAGGCGCUCACACCAGCUUAGAUACGUCCUCCGAAACCGCAUCACGGGCCAAGUCUAUCUGGUCGUAUUAUUCACGCUCCAUCUUGUCGAGGAUGUCAACGAGGAUGGGACGUUAAAGCCUGGUGCUCUGGAGCGGAUCGCACAGGCAUCGGGCGGAAAGGGGGAAAGGGGGCAGCCGUUGACUGAAACCGAACCGGAGCUAGAUCUGGAACCGGAUGACGAGCAGUUCCAGGAGGAGGAAGCUC